CAGCGCGCGACAACCACCAUGGCCACAUCGGUCCCCGUCAGCGAAGUGAAGAGCAACACGCGUGAAAAUAGGACCGCCGCCCAUUCACAUAUCAAAGGUCUGGGCUUGAAGGGUACCGAUGGACGUGCCGAUUCUUCUGGGGGAGGUUUUAUUGGACAGGCCGCCGCCCGAGAGGCGUGCGGUUUGGUUGUCGACCUCGUAAAAGCUAAGAAGAUGUCAGGACGCGCCGUACUAUUGGCUGGUGGUCCAGGCACGGGAAAGACUGCUCUUGCGCUCGCAGUGAGCCAGGAAUUGGGUACGAAAGUGCCCUUUUGCCCAAUCGUGGGUAGCGAGAUCUAUUCGGCUGAAGUCAAGAAGACGGAGGCACUGAUGGAAAACUUCCGGAGAGCAAUCGGUCUUCGUGUAAAGGAAACAAAGGAAGUCUACGAGGGCGAAGUGACAGAGCUCACACCCGAAGAGGCGGAAAACCCUCUAGGUGGCUACGGACGCACGAUAUCGCAUCUCAUGAUCACCCUGAAGGCUACUCGUGGAACGAAGAAAUUGCGUCUCGACCCUUCCAUAUACGAAGCAAUUCAAAAAGAGCGUGUUCGCCUUGGAGAUGUCAUCUACAUCGAAGCCAACACUGGCGCGGUGAAGCGUGUUGGACGGUCAGACGCAUAUGCCACUGAAUUUGACCUCGAGGCUGAAGAGUAUGUGCCGAUACCAAAGGGCGACGUUCACAAGAAGAAAGAGAUUGUCCAAGAUGUUACGCUUCAUGACUUGGAUGUCGCGAAUGCGAGACCCCAGGGUGGACAGGAUAUCAUGAGCAUGAUGGGCCAGUUGAUGAAGCCAAAGAAGACGGAGAUUACUGAGAAAUUGCGGUUAGAGAUCAACAAGGUGGUCAGCAAGUACAUCGAUCAGGGUGUUGCUGAACUGGUCCCUGGUGUGCUCUUCAUUGACGAGGUCCACAUGCUCGAUCUCGAAGCGUUCACUUUCCUUAACCGUGCCCUUGAGUCCACCCUAUCUCCACUCGUCAUUCUUGCAUCCAACCGCGGUCUCACACACAUCCGUGGUGCAUCUAACCUGCCAAAGUCCGCCCACGGCAUUCCUUCUGACCUGUUGGCUCGUCUCUUGAUCAUCCCAACACAGGCAUACACCCCCUCAGAAAUCCAAACCAUCAUCAGCACGCGGACAAAGACCGAGUCUCUCAACAUGUCUCCAGGUGCUCUCUCGAAGGUUAGCGAAUUGGGUGAAAAGGUCAGCUUACGCUAUGCGCUGCAAUUGCUCUCUCCUGCUAGUAUUCUGGCCAAGGUCAAUGGCAGGCAGAAUGGUACGAUCGAGGAGCAAGAUGUAGAAGAGUGUCAAGGAUUGUUCUUGGAUGCGAAGAGGAGCGCACUCAACCUGGCAGAGACGGAUGGCUUCAUUGCGUAG